AAGGCGAUGCUAUGAUCCUGGAGGCUGAUGUCACUCUGGAGGGUUAUAACACACCUGCUAUGAAACCAAUACCUAUCAUGGCCCACCCACCUGAUGUCUAUAGUGACAACACUCUGGACCAAUGGUUGGAUGCUGUGCUGGCCUCUAGAAAAGCCAUGAAGCUGGAUUUUAAGUCUCUGGAAUCAGUGGGUUUGUCACUGGACGUGCUUAAUAAAAAGAACAGUCACAGAAGAAUAGACAGACCUGUCUGGCUUAAUGCAGACAUCGUUCAAGGUCCCAACGUGCCAGCCUUUGUGCCUCCAGUCAAUGGAACCAGAUUUCUGGAGUUGAUUCAGGAGAAGUUUCCAGAUGUGACAUUGUCUCCUGGAUGGAAGGUGCUCUAUGUUCCUCCACCAGUCCCCUCGCAAACCUAUAGCAGGGCCAUGAUGGAAGAAAUGUAUGAUAUGAUCAAAGACGUGACCCAAAAGGUGACGUUCCCAGUUCACGCCCUGUUGGUUCGCAGUGGCUGGGAGCACAUCAGCUGGCUCCUCAACCAGUCACCACGGUUCAGUCUGACAUUGUGGCAGGGCUCAAUUCACCCAAACGUCAGUGACCUGCUGUUUGUCCGAGACAACACCGACCCUGCCAGAGUCUACUACGAUAUAUAUGAACCCACGCUGUCUGAAUUCAAACAGGCUGUAGAGGAGCGGGGUCGUCUGAGGAGAUUCUAUCCUGGAGGAGACCUGAUGGACUUCCUCUAUCCAACUGUACGCAGCAGCCUGGAAGUCCAAUGGUUCACAGUCACUGACCGGACCUCCCUGUUAGUCCAACUUUCAGAUGGUGCUGGUGGUAUGUUGCUGGUUCACGUGGCUUCUGACAGCAACCAACCUGGAGUCCCUGUGGUGGAAGGUUCUGGAAAAGGCUCAGAGGCCCUUACACUGCAGGACAUCUUGCAGCAGCUUGGGCAAAGACCUGAUGUCCUCUGGGGUGUUCACCUGCGUAUUCACACUCAGCAGCUUCUGGAAGCUUCUCUCAAACUGCUGCACUCGGCCUACAGCACAGAGGAGCUCUACAGGCCUGUCUGGAUCAGCAUGGAGGGUUUACAGAACACUGACAGUGCAAAGGAGUUUAUAUCUGCAGUAGAGAGGCUGUUCCCUUACGUCACCCUCGUCCUAACAGAGCAGAACCAGCCUCUGGUCCCAGUGACAGGUUUGUCUCAGAGGGUGGCUUUAUAUCUGACCACAGCAUCGCUGCCAAAAGAACAGGAGGCGCUGAACUCACUCACGGAAAUGAUGGACAGAUAUGACCUCAUAGUGGAGGAGGACACAAAAAGCAGUGCUGGAUCCGUCACAGUCUUUAAAGAACUUAUGACCCGGCGUGCAAGGAGAACAAACACAAACCUGUAUGUGAUAAAUCCUAAGUGAGGGUGGAUCUGACUGACCCAGAAUUACAGUGCUCAAAGCUUAUUUGUGUCAUACAGUUUCCUAAUGUGAAUAGACGUGUAAUGUUCAGUUAAUUAAGAAAGUUAUAAUCAAUCAAACCCUGACUGAUUUACUUGAGGGCUAAUCUUUUCAGCUAUUGUGUAAGGAAAAUAAUGCUAUAUGGAGUUUAAGUUGUAAUGUCUUAAACUAAAAUGAAAUAAAAUGUGUGAUAAUAUUCUGUAACCAUGUUUCUCCACAUGGCACUGAAGAUAAUUGUACACAUUUAGUAAUGUCUCAUCUAAGUCUUCAGCCAUGCUAGUCUGUGAGACUGUCCUGUGCAGCUGUGCUUGAGCCAAAUGCUUACAUCACUAUGCUAUGCUGAAAACGCUUGCAUGUACAAUAUUUGCCAUUUUAGCAUGCUAACAUGCCAAUAGAUAUAAAGUACAGCUGAGGCUGAUCUGAUGAAAAGUCUUGAGGUAAAUGUUUUUACAAUAUAUCUUCAGGGAAACUGAAUAUCUGAACCACAUUUUAAAGUAAUCCAUAAAAUAUUUAAUAGAUAUUUUAGUUAAAAACAAAAAUGUCAACCUCCUUGUGGCACUACAGGAAAGGUUGGGGGAAGGUCUUUAGAAUUUAUCCUCUGGUGACCAUGAAUAAUACAAGAUUUCAUGACAAUCCAACAGUAGUUGCCAAGAUAUUUCAGUCUUGACUGUGGUGCUCCAACAUAAACAUCAAUAUCUCCAGCAUCUCAACAUAUCAGUCUCCACUGUUUGCUUAUAAGGCUACAAACAGUGGAGCAGAAUCUGUUCAUAGGUUUAGGUUCCCUGCUUACAGUCUUUGUCACAGCUGCCAAAUUAGAAGCUGCCUUGCUUAACAUUCUAGCCUGCACACUGUUGUUGCUAGUGAGUGGCUCUCAGUUAAGUGAGUCCAGCACUUUGGUUUGGUUUGAGUAAAAUAUCUUAACAAUCAGAUUACUUGAGUGACUGUGUAAUUCUUUGUUACUCACAACAGAAUAAAUGAUUUUGAAUACAUUUACUGUGACACAACCAUCUGGCCAAUUUUUCGAUUUAAUUCACCCCCACUGGAUUAAAAUGGAACUUUGAACGUUCAUCUUUCAUCCAUCUUAUUUUGUUUUCUUAACACUGAGCAUUGCCACAUCAGAGCUGAUUGAAUAGCUGCAGACUAAGCCUGUUACUGUUAGUAAUUGAAUAUUCUGUUUGUAUCUUUUUCAAAAAUUGAGUUUUGGUCAAACACCAUUAUCAGAAAUGUUUAGCCAUGGCUCUGAGGAUGGAAAUGUUGGUACAGUACAUGGUGACCAGAGACUUUAUGAUUGACUUGGUGACUGUGUGGCUUCGUCCACCUCCAGAGGGUUGACUUUUCAGGCUGUUAGUGAAAUGUCUUGACAACUUUUGAAUGGAUUGCCCUCGUUUCCCUCAAGAUCAAUUGUAAUAACCUUGAUGGUCUCCCAAGUUUUCCGCUUGUGCCAUUGUCACAUCACACCACACGUUGAUGUUAGCAUGCUAAAAUCCUAAACUAACACGGUAAAAAUGGGAACAUAACUGCUACAUAUCAGUAUGUUAGCCUGCUAGUGU